AUGAAUUUAUUAGAGAUGCAUUCAUAUCCUGUCUCUCAUCGCACUCAGUCCGCCAGACUUUUGGAAAAUAGCACACUGAGUUUGGACGAUGCUUUUAAACAUACACGUGCUCUAGAGAUGGCACGUAUACACAAUAAUGGUUACCAGCAACAUAGUACUAGUUUUUCAGUCAACGCAACGUCAAACUUUAAUCAAGAACAAGAACUUUGUAAUUUUUGUGGAAAUAAGAGACACGCACGACGCAACUGCCCUGCUUCCGGCUCAACAUGUCUCGAAUGCGGAAAAAGAGGACAUUUAGCAAAAGUGUGCAAAGGUGGCGCACUAUUUCACCAGAAAGCGUUCGCCGCCCAAAAUGAUACUCAUGAAGCUAAGAAAACAGGAUGUCCGCAAUCACUUUCCUGA